UUAUACAUAUACAUGCAAAAUUAUUAAUAAUCAUGAUGUAUCAUAGUGUCUGAAAAGCAGGAGGAAACAAAUAUGACAUGUCAGCAUCAAGAACGUAUGGUCGAGUUCUUAAGAAAAUAUCCAAUUUUGUUAUCAAAAAAUUUUACAAAACAGUUCACCAAAAAAGAUUACGAUGAAGAAUGGGCGAUUUUAUCAAGAAUUCUUAAUGCAGUUAACAAUCAUGUAGAUGCUAUGCCUUCAGACAAAUGGCAAGAGGCCUUGUCAUCUUGGAUAGGAAAAGUUUUAGAAAAAAUUAAUCAAGGUGAUGACCUUAAUAUUAUUGAACAGAAACUCUUAUUAAUAAAUGGAAAUUUGUUGGAAUUUCAUAAUGAGUUUAACGAAAACAAACAGAAAAUUCUGGAAAAUAAUAUUCAUUCUCAUUAUAUUUCAUCCGAGGAAGAUGAAGAUUUUGAAACUGAUUUGCUGCCUUCUAAACAGAAAAAGAUUAAACAGGAGGAGGAAAAAAACGUCAUUGAAUAUGAGAAAACUGUUGCACCGAAGCCAAUCGAUAAAAAGAAACGGAAAUCAUCUAUAAUUAUGACUAAGCCAUUUCUUAAAAAACCAGGCAGUCCUCAAUUAAAGCAACCUUCAAAGUCCUUAGUCCAAGAAGUUUAUAGGGGAGUAAAAGAGUGUCUGGAAGAAUCAGCAGAUUCAUUAAAAAAAAUUUCUGAUACUUUGACAGACUUGUUAGCAGUUACCGCUGAAACUCAAAAUUUAUUGAAAACUGUUGUUUCACAUGACAAAAAUUAA